CCGUUUCUCCGUCAGUGCAGCUGACUUGACGCAGCGUCGCUAAACAAACAUGGCUCUGCUACAUUAUCGCACAACGGACCUUUACGAUACGUAGACUAACGAAAAGGAAAAUAUGCAACGAUAAAGAAGAAACAUGUCAUGUAUAAUGUGACCCUGCACACGGAGAGUCGCCGUACGGUUUAGCUGGUUAGCUUAGUGUAGCCUUUUGUGACCGUGUUUACACAUAGCUAGCUCUCCAGUUGGCUAAUGCAAGCUAGCAAGAUGGACCUUGGAACAAUGUUGUACAACAAUUUAAAAGAUGUUACAUGGAGUACGACGUCUUUACCUUUAGAUCAACUUGUCAGCGCUUAUAAGUUGCCUCAAAUUGUCAAGCUGGAUAACGGUCAGUUGGUUGAAGGGCUUAGAGACAAUGACUACCUCUUGAUUCAUUCCUGCCGUCAGUGGACUACGAUUACUGCUCACAGUCUGGAGGAGGGACACUAUGUCAUCGGGCCCAAAAUAGAGAUCCCAGUUCACUAUGAAGGUCAGUUUAAGCUGCUGGAGCAGGACAGAGACGUCAAGGAGCCUGUGCAGUACUUCAACAGUGUGGAGGAAGUGGCUAAAGCAUUCCCUGAAAGGGUCUACGUCAUGGAAGAAAUCACUUUCAAUGUUAAGAUGGCAUCAGGGGAAUGCAAUGAAGACACAGAAGUUUACAACAUUACACUAAGCACUGGUGAUGAAUUGACAUUAAUGGGCCAGGCUGAGAUCCUCUAUGCCAAAUGCUCCAAAGAAAAAUCAAGAUUUAACACCCUUUUUAAGAAGAUUGGGAAGCUGAACUCCAUCAGUAAGAUUGGUAGAGGAAAGAUGCCCUGCUUGAUUUGCAUGAACCACCGCACCAACGAGAGCAUCAGCCUGCCGUUCCAGUGCAAAGGCAGGUUCAGCACCUGCAGUCCGCUGGAGCUUCAGAUGCAGGACGGCGAGCACACCAUCAGGAACAUUGUGGAGAAAACCCGUCUCCCUGUCAACGUCACGGUACCCAGCAGUCCGCCCCGCAACCAGCACGACCUCCACCUCAUCCGAGAGGGUCACCGCUACAAGUUGGUUAACAUUCAGACAAAGACGGUGGUCGUGUGCUGCAUUUUGCGGAGCAACAAAAUCAUCCCCAUCCAUUUCCCUUUCCAUAUGGCCAUGCCACGAUUUAUUGUUCCAGAAGAACUCCUGCAAGGAGAGUUGUGGCUGGAUACUAUGGUACAUCGCUGGUUCUCCUUCUGCCAGGAGCAGUUUGACAUAGACGACUACUCCCGUGCCGUCCGAGACGUGCGGACAGACUGGAAUGACGAUGGCAAAAGUCCCAAGAAAAGCAGCGGGAAUGGUAGCUGCAGUGGAAGCAGCGGAGGCAGCGGCAGCUCUAACGGCUGUCCCAACCACAUGCAGAUUCCCACCUCUUUAACAUACGCCAGAGAUGAACUCACCCAGUCCUUCCACCGGCUGUCUGUGUGUGUUUAUGGCAGCAACCUGCACGGUAACAGUGAAGUCAACCUGCAGGGCUGCAUGACGCUGUGUGGAGACUGGGCUCUCCUGCCCUCUGAUGGCAAUCCCGCAGAGUCUGGAGAAAACGAACACUUUUUUCCUGAGCUGGAUAGCACAAACCAACACUCACCUCUCAAGAAGAUGGAUGUUCCGUAUGAGGAGCUGUGGCUGGAUCACUUGAGAGGUCAGAUCCCAAAACCGUCCUCCAGUGAAGGAAUCCGAGGCAUCAACAAUGGCUGCGCUACAACAGCUGCUCUGUCCUACCCAGUCACUUGUCCUCUUGGUGCCAUAACCGGUUCAGAUGUGCCUCUUACUCCACCACCAGUCCCACCCAAGUCUGAAGCUGUGAAGGAAGAAUGUCGUCUCUUGAACGCUCCACCAAUCCCUCCACGGAUUGUCAAACAGAUGCCAUCGGUGCCAAUCCCGUCGAAGCCACGGCAGCAAGACACUCGUUCUCCAAGUCCGACCCUCUCCUAUUAUUCUUCUGGUCUCCACAACAUUAGUGGAGCAUGUGAGCAAGAGGGAGCGGACCAGCAGGAGCAAAGCCACGUGUGCUACCCUUGUAGCUGGGGUAAAUCUAACAGCACUGAGCCGAACACUACUUCACCCAGUGGCAGCCUGAUUUCGGACGGAGUGUCCUCCCGGUUGUCUUGGCCGAAUAACUUCAGCGGAGGAGAGUCGCGCUGCAUGGAGGAGUUUCUACCGUCCAGCUGUCGAAGCUACUACAGUUAUCCCAGAAAGAGAUCCCCGAGCACCCCGAAAACCUGCACGUCCAGCCUCGUCGACUUUGAUGGCCGCGAGCACGCACACAGCAGUAAGGACUUCAGCUUACAGAACGCCUCUCUGAACCAGAUCUGCACCAAGUCUUCGAGUUACAAUUCAGAAAUGUACAGAGACAAGCCGAUAGAAGAAUCCAACACUAAGCAGAGCCUCUCCUGCCCCAUCUUGCCACCAAGAACACCAAAACCAAACGCCCCAAAGAAGUGCGCGGAUUUACUGUCGGAACCGGUGUGUGACGGUAAGCAGGAAACUUUAACCCAACACGAGCAGGGCACAGAGGAGAUCUUUUCCAUCUCUAACUCAUUAACUCUGAACUGUCCAUCGCUGCCUCUCACUGCUCAGUGGCAGCCGCCGUCCAGCUUGGCCGGCCUUUCCAUUGAAGAGGUGUCCAAAUCUCUGAAGUUUAUUGGCAUGCCGGAUGACAUUGUUUCACUUUUUGUGUCUGAGAAGAUUGACGGGAAUCUUCUCCUGCAGCUGACUGAGGAGAUUUUGUCUGAGGACUUCAGGCUAAGCAAACUGCAGGUGAAGAAACUCAUGCAGUUCAUAAACGGGUGGAGACCCAAGAUAUAGCAGUAGAUGACACUAAAUCCAGUCGUAAAGCGGAGAAAGUCAUGCCUUCAGUAUAUAUGCUAUGCACAUCAAGCCACAAAGAGUUUCUUUUUUUGUUUAAAAUGAACUUUUUUCCUGUGUUACUACAUUGUGGGGAAGGUAGUUGAGUAAUACUUCCCAGCCCUCUUAAAGUCUGUGACUGCUAUUUGCUAACUGAAUGGAGUCUUUUAGCACUUUCACCGAGGCAUUUUCAUGUCAGCUCCUUAGUACUUUUUCACUCACAGCCUACUGGUGUUCAUGACAUUACACGAAUCAUAAUUUAAACCAGCAAAAGGGGAAGGAAAAGGUAAUCAGCACUGAUGUUUAGAAUACGAGGACUCAAAAAUAUUACUGCAAGAUCGGCUUGAAGAGAACAUUGUUCUAAGAGGAGGAUCCCACAAACAGCGGCUAUUCACAGGAUUUUUAACAGAUUAGUAGUAGUAGUUGCUUAUUUAAUGUAUGAAAGACUGUAAAAAGCUGACAGGAAGCUGAUUUUGGUAACGAAACAAUUUGUAACCGGUAAAACGAUCCUAUAAUGGAUGCAUUUGUGAGUUUGUGUUUAGGGUUCAUCCGUAUGUUUACAGUUUUCUUGCGGUCAGAAAUGCAACAAAGAUGCUACUGUCCAUUUCUAAGCAUAAAACCAAACAGUCAGUUUUAUAGAUUACUGUUGAACAAGACCAGUCUACUGCCUACAGGUAUAAAAAGAGAAUUCAAAUUUAUUUCAGCCUGGAAUAUUUACAAUUAAUGUGUGUAUAGUGUGUGUUUGAGUGAUGCUAACUUCACACUCUUUGCCUCUGCUGUACAGAUUGGUGGACAUGGUGUUCAGCAGCUUCCCAAAAAAAGCCCAUUUUAUGUGAACGUUUGUCUUCAGUCCACCUGAAAGCAAACACAGAAAUUAGCUGCUUGGAAUGGAGGUUUCGCUAAUUGUGUUAGCUUUUAUUUACCGUAAAGAGAGCUGAGCAUUUGAUCCAGCAGGUUUUGGUCUUUAAUUUAACAUCGUCUUCAGGAUUCUUAUCAAACCUACAGAUACUUUAGUUGUAGUUCCUCAGCUGGGAUUCCUCUCAUCCACGGUGACAUGGAGAUUUUUCAGCCAUCAACAGGUCCAACUCUUUAUAGCGACACUUUUCCUCCUCAGUCGGCAGCGAGGCAGUGAGCACAGGAACUCCACCGGUUUGUUUCAGGGCGUCCUGCUGUCUCUCCACCUCUGGUUCCAUCCUCAUGGACAAAGUCAGCCUCACACUUGUAAACAAAUCAGUGUGCAGAGAGAUGAGGUCAGCUGGCAAAUAUCCCAGGAUAGAGAGCCCUAAUGCAGUUAACAACAUGUCUGUUUCAGGCAGCCAGUUUCUAGUCAGACUGAAAACAAACGUGUAACAUUAUUGUAAAAAUCAUCAUUGUUUGGGAUGUUGCUGGGAGCUUACGCUAAUUAUUUUCCCUCAUCUCAGAGUUGGUACACUACCGGUCGAAAGUUUGGACACAGCUUCUCAUUCAAUGCUUUUUAUUUAAUUAUUUUAUACGUUGUAGAUUAAUAGUGGAGACAUCAAAACUAUAAAACAAUACAUAUGGAAUUAUGUUGUAAACAAAAAGGUGUUCAUCUUCAGUGUUAAUCUAAAAUGUAGAAAAUAAUACAAAUGAACAGCAUUGAAUGAGAAGGUGCAUCCAAAACUCUUGGCUGGUAGUGUACAUAUAACCACAAUAACCACAUUAAUAGAAAACCAGGCUGAAAUGAACUACACUGGAAAAAAUGCUAAUCUCAAAGCAAGAAAAAAAAAUUAUUUCAAAGAAUUUUUAUCUUGAAAAAAGCAAAAAAAAAAAAAGUUCAAAAAUCUCCCCAAAAAUUUUGAAAAUAUGUAAGUUCUCACUGUGAAAAUAUACUUUUUCCCCCACAUUUUAACACUUUAAAACGGGUCAGUUUGACCCGCAGGACAACAUGAGGGUUAAAACAUGAUAAUUUCACUGUUGUUUGACUUAACAAGAUAUUUAAGAUGCGUUGUGUUAAAACAAGUCCCUCCAUCUUGCUGAAAUGUCACUGGUUAAGUGAAUUUAUCUUAAAUCAAGUGGGAUGAGACAUUUUGAGUAAAAACGACAAAUAGACUUGGUAAGAUUUUGAAUUUUUGCAGUGCAGAACCGCUCUUUUGGGAUAUCCUUGUGUUCGUUCAACAAUCAACCCCUUUGAGUUCUUCUUCAGCUGUGAACUUCAUCUGCUAUUUUGUCCAAAUAGCAAGAAAUAAUAAAUGAUAAUCCUUGAGCGUGUGCUAUCAAACUGAUGCACAGUUUCUUAGAAAACAAGACAGCACAGGGAAGCUGUGACAUCAGUGAGCAUGAUUGAAUUUUCCAGAUUUCAGUGGAAUGUAAUGAAGGAUAGAACCAACAACAAACAGCUUGUGGAGGAGCAGUCGUCUGUCCGUCAGUGUGAUAUCAGGUGAAAGAGCGUUGGGAGAUUUAUUGCUACAUGCAGUUGAACCAACUAUGCUUCUUUAGCCAUCGGAUUUUACAUCCGAGUUCUCGGCAUUUUAUUCAAAGUAAUGGAACUGUGCUAACAACAGUGAGCCAAAUCAAAUGACCAUCAUGGAAACAAGAAGUAACAAAGGCACUACUUAUGCAAGCUACUUUGUUUGAUGCCUUUUUAUUAGUCUAAAGUUAAAUCCCACUAAUCUAAUGUCUGAAACGUAACCUGAGGUUAUCUGUAGCUGAAAGUGAAUGACUUGAGGCCUAACAAAGUUGCGCCCUCACUCUCACGCUAACAUGGAAAUAACAAACAGAGGUAACGGACCAUGACGUUUGACAGUUAAUACAAUUUAUGCAUCAAGCACUUUGGUAUAUUUCAGUUGAAAUAAAUGCAGUUAAGGUCAUAAAAUAUAAACCUAUAAAAGUGUCUAUAGAGAGUGAAUGCACUACAUGUUGUUCAGAAUUGCAACGGUACUUCUCCUUUUCCCCUAUUGUCUGUAUAGUAAGUGUCCUCUAAUGCAAGAAAUAAUAGUUUUUCUGCGCCUUAACCCAGAGACCUUAAGAUACUUGAUAUUUCACGUUUGCUUAACAUUUUCAGUUUGCUAGUCGUGAAAAUACACCCUGAGAAAUCACUUGAGGGAAUGUCUUGGGUUUGUAUUUGCCCUUAGACGCCUGCAAGCCAAAAUUAAAAAUGAUCUGCUAUUAAUGAAAGAUUUGUUUAUAUUGCUAGCACAUGUUUUUUCUAUGCCCUUGAUUCAGAGUUGAUUUAUUUAUGCAGUAAUUUAACAUAAUGCUAAAUAUGCAGAGCACUUCUCCUCAGAUUGUUUUUUUUUUUUUUUUUAUGGCUGAUAAAUGAAGGUGCCUCAGCAGCAAACAGCCUCUCUACAACCAGGGUGUGGUCUGCUGGCCAACAGCUGUUCUUUUUUUUUUGUUUUUAUUUCCCCUUUUUGUAGUGGGAUGUUACAUAUUUUACUUGAUAUGUUUAUUUUGUAUGUAAGUGCAACAUUUAAUGUAAUUUUUUUUAAAAAGAAGUGAUUACUAAUGUUGAGAUUAUUUUUUACUGAGGAAAAAGCUGUCAUGUUCAAACUUUUUUUUUUUUUAUUCUGUAGAGCGUGGGGUCUACUUAGGUUUAGGAAUCCAUGCGUUCAAUUAAGACGUGGUCACAGGAAGAGAUAAAACUAACUGCUAGUUUCAGUCACACUACACACACACAGUGACCAAAAAAGAUGUUAAUAAGCCACGUGUCGAGAUAAUUUUACAAAUUUCCUUCUAACUUUGUCACAGUAUCCAUAUUUUUAUGGGAAAUGGCCGGUGCCCCUUUAUUCUUAUAUGUGCAUUAUUGUCUUAUGCAAUAAGAACAACAGAGCAGUGAAGUUAAAAAAAAAAAAAAGGUAAUGGAGUAUUAUGUGUGUUAAAAAUCACCACAGUGUUAAUUUAUGAAAGUUGAGCAUGCCAAAGGAAUUCUUCCAAGUCAGUAAUUUUACUUGAAUAAUUCUGAGAUAUGAACUGUGAACACACAACCAGCCCAGUCCCACGAACCCACCUUUGUCAAGCAGGAUAUUCUGUGUUAAUAAUACUGGACUGAGGCCUACAUAAUUAUGAAUUAUUGCCCUUUUUGUGCAAAUAUCCAAACAAAAGCGAUAAAUGACUGUGACACUCGGUUUGACAGCAUUACUGAAUUCUUUCACUUUAACUCCGUUCCCUGUUUUUGAUUGUAUAAUCUAUUAAAAAUGGAUUAACUGGU